AUGCCAUUUUUUAAACGACAACUUGAAUCAUCCUAUGGAAGCCCCAGCAGAAUUAGAUUCAGUCCCGAGCCAAAGAAAAAUGAUACUGGUCAAACCGAGAUGGCUCAACCGGAAAUGGAAACUACGCCUUCUGCAAUUCCUGCAGAAGAUACCCAGAAAGUGGCACAGGAUAACCAUCCCGAGCCAGUAGUCAAGAUUAAAGACGUGGAACCAAGACAAGAGGAAACUCUGAGUGCCUUCGAACAAGAGCUUCAAAAGGCUCACGAUAGUUCUCCUGGUCUUCAGGCGCUCCAGGCACUCCCAGGCUAUGAAAACGUCUUCAUCGAAAUCGUCUCUUCCACAGCAGAAUCGGUAGAUGAAAACUCUGAGCCAACACCAGUCACUGAUCAAGAAGCACAGCGUAUGAUUGACGAGAUCUACAAAAUGGCUGAGGAUACUGAUCUAGAAGAGGAAAUGCUUGCAUCGAUUUCAUCCGAACCUAUCACUUCGCAAGCCUUGAAUGCGAUUGGCAGCAGAAAACGCAAAGGAAGACGUCGAGGAGAAAAGUCUGGCCAAGGAGGCGAAGAAGAGAACAAAAAAGGAAAAGUCCAAGAGACGAUCAUCAAAGCAACCAAUCGAGCCUCUACAACAAACAAUCGUAAUCAACAAACACAUGCCAAUGGAACGUGUAGUCAAGCACUACACCAGGGACUACAUUCCCAUGCAGUGCAGUAUGCGUCCAGCAGAUCCCACACUGUGUCCUUUGUCGAAGAAAUGAUCGAAUAUGAGUUCGAUGGGGUGGAUGAUGACAUUACGGAUGCUGGUGACUCGUCUACCGUCACAAAAAGUGUAACGGAAGAUUCAGUCCAGCGAAUGAUUGGGGAGCUCCAAAGAAUGUCAGAAGACGGCGAUACUGGUAACGAUUCAGCGACUUCUGGAUCCGCAACCAUCACCCGCGACGAAAUGGAACGAAUGGUCGCAGAGAUCCGUUUGGCUGCCAAGCAAACGGCAUCAGAACCUGUCAAACCCAAGGAUCUCACCGAGAACGAAGCCCAACAAAUGGUCACUGACAUCAAG